ACCUAGGCGUACAUGGUGCGUUUGUUCGAACUAUUCUGAUAAACGUUCCAAGCCGUCCUCAUAGCUACCAUUUGGAAUCAUACACUCGCAGGAGCUAAUACGAUGAAAUUAGUGAGCGUGUAUGAGAACGAGGGCAAGCGUCUAUUCUCCGGCCACCGAUCUGCAGCGCUCGCACUGGUAUUCAUCAUGCCAUGGUAUGGUGGUUGUUCAGUGCGAAUCGACCGUGGAAAGUCAAGGUGGCCGACUAUCAGUGGAGGUUGACAUUGACAGCCGUGACAAGGGUGACGAGAUCGUCACUGUCAGCCUCCACGAAACAAGAUAUAAACCCCUCCGCUCCUGCUCUCUACCUCAGAAACAUCUUGCCUACCAUCGCCCAUCAUGCUCAUCCUGCCUGCCCUUCCUCUGCUCAC